AUGAAAUCACUGGAUUGCAACGAGAGAGGUAUACAAGUUGAUGGGAGAUUUCUCUCGAACCUUCGUUUUGCGGACGACAUUGUUCUCUUCUCGAAAAGUAUUCCUGAAGCGGAGACGAUGUUAAAGGAAAUAAAUGAAGUAGGGAAGCAGAUAGGACUGCGAAUCAACCGGAAGAAGUCUCAGUUCAUGAAGAUUGCUUUUUGCGAGGGAAAUAGAACUAGAAGGCUCUCCAAUCGCGGAGACGUCUUCUUACAUAUAUCUCGGGCGUUCGGUGAACAUGGAGAACGAUCUUGGGCCGCCUUCGAAUCCUUAAAGGAAGCCACAGACCAGCUGACGGACCCAGACCUCCGAGCCCACCUGUUAGAUUCUGACGUCGAAGGCACUUCGAACAACCCAUAG